AUGCUCCUGCUGACCCUGAACUUCAGGAAGCACGAGGUUGUCUCUGGUGACCAAUCUCCUGAUGACGUGUCCAGUGUAAGACGCCGCCUUGCCGCCCUCGCGUCUAAGGCACAUUCUGGCUGUACUUCCAGCACACGUCGCUUGGUUUUCCGGCUGUCUGAGGGCUCGUUGAUAUUCUUUGCUGAGACAACUGGGGUAAAUAUUAUGUGGUGUCUUGACUUACAGGUUCGUGAAACCCAGGCUCUGAUCCUGGCUCCUACAAGAGAGUUAGCCGUGCAGAUACAAAAGGGCCUGCUUGCUCUUGGCGACUACAUGAACGUCCAGUGCCAUGCCUGCAUCGGGGGCACCAACGUUGGGGAGGACAUCCGGAAGCUGGACUACGGGCAGCACGUGGUUGCUGGCACACCCGGCCGAGUCUUUGACAUGAUCCGUCGCAGGAGCUUAAGGACGCGUGCAAUCAAGAUGUUAGUCUUGGACGAGGCUGAUGAAAUGCUGAAUAAAGGUUUCAAGGAGCAGAUCUAUGAUGUCUACAGGUACCUGCCCCCAGCCACACAGGUGGUGCUCAUCAGUGCCACGCUGCCGCAUGAGAUCCUGGAGAUGACCAACAAGUUCAUGACUGACCCGAUCCGCAUCUUGGUGAAACGUGAUGAGUUGACACUUGAAGGCAUCAAGCAGUUUUUUGUGGCAGUGGAGAGAGAAGAGUGGAAGUUUGACACACUGUGUGACCUCUACGACACGCUAACCAUCACGCAGGCAGUCAUCUUUUGUAACACCAAGAGGAAGGUCGACUGGCUGACGGAGAAGAUGCGGGAAGCCAACUUCACUGUCUCCUCGAUGCAUGGAGACAUGCCGCAGAAGGAGCGCGAGUCCAUCAUGAAGGAGUUCAGAUCUGGUGCCAGCCGAGUGCUCAUCUCCACGGAUGUCUGGGCCAGAGGACUGGAUGUCCCUCAGGUGUCCCUCAUCAUCAACUACGACCUGCCCAACAACAGAGAGUUAUACAUCCACAGAAUCGGGCGGUCUGGUCGGUAUGGCCGGAAGGGUGUAGCCAUCAACUUUGUGAAGAACGAUGACAUCCGCAUCUUGAGGGACAUCGAGCAGUACUACUCUACUCAGAUUGAUGAGAUGCCCAUGAACGGUGAGGCCCGGCCCCGCACCGCCACCGUGGUUCCUAAUGUAGUCAUCCCUCCGCCCCCCAGACUCUAG